UCUCUGGGGUCACAGAGUUGCUGGAGCCUAAAAACUUUUAGUGAAAGAGGAGUUUACUUUACUUUACUUCAUUUUACUUAUGGAUUGCCUUUGCAGGGCCACAUAACCAUACACUCAUUCACACCUAGGAACAAUUUAGAGUAAACAACUGACCUAUAAUGUAUCUUUUUGGACUGUUUACAAGCCAGAGUCCCAGAGAAAAGUCACAUACAUCGGGGAUUCAUACAAACUCCACUCUGAGGAGUGCCAGUCGGGUAUUGAACCAGGGCCUUUUUGCUGUGAGGCAAGAGAGCUAACCACACCAUGCAGCCCAACAAAAAUGAACACAACUCAGAAAGCGAUUGAUUUUUUGGGAGUGCAGUUUCGUGGAAACAUCUGAGUUUAAACAACAUGAUGGGUUAUUAUUGGAAAUCAAACUAAAUUUUUGCUGCAACGGCUUCAAAGAAGCUUCAGUGUCUGCCUGAUCCUGCUUUGGCUGCUCUUUUGGUGUCCAGAUUCUAUGUCCAACAGAAAGACACCCACGUCUGCAUAAUCUGACACCCUAAAAAAACUGUAACUUGAAAACUAAUCACAGAGGCUGAACAGUUCCACUGUUACAAUUGAUUUCUUUUUAGGGAUUCCACAGCAGCAGCAGCUACGGUGUUCACCUGUGGACCCACGAUUGGAGAUCCACGGAGCCUCUCUCCGCCCCCCGCCCCCCUGGCGCGCGCUGCCCGCCUCCUCCACACAGGAGCAGCGCACUGUCUCCUCCGCUCCUCAUUCUCUGCUCGUGUCCGCAGCAGACCAUGAGCGCCCGUCUCUGUGCGCAGAGGAGCUGCGACGCAGGUGGUUUUCCCGGGUCUCCCCGCUUCUUCAUGCCGUCCUGCACUGUAGUCGUUUAGUGACAAUCCGCUGCCGGAUCCGUUUUUUUUUUUGUCCCUCCUGGAUGCACCAUGCAGGCUCGUUGGCGGGGUUGUGGCAUUCGGCUGCUGGUUUGGAGCCUGGCUUUCCUCGGAUCGUGGUGCAUCCCUCCAAAUGAAGUUAAUCUGCUGGAUUCCCGCUCUGUGAUGGGAGACCUUGGAUGGGUGGCUUACCCUAAGAAUGGGUGGGAGGAGAUUGGCGAAGUAGACGAAGACUACGCCCCCAUCCACACAUACCAAGUGUGCCGCGUGAUGGAACAGAACCAGAACAACUGGCUCUACACCAACUGGAUCCUAACUGAAGGUGCCCAGCGGGUGUACAUUGAGCUCAAAUUCACCCUCAGAGACUGCAACAGCUUGCCCGGAGGAGUCGGGACCUGCAAAGAGACAUUUAACAUGUAUUACUAUGAAACUGAUGGGGAUGAAGAGGAAGGGGAGGAUGGAGGGAUGAGAGAUGGAACUGGCAUGACUGAGGAGGAGGAGAGGGUGUUGAAGGAGAAUAGAUACAUCAAAGUGGACACCAUAGCAGCUGACGAGAGCUUCACAGAGCUGGAUCUGGGGGAUCGUGUGAUGAAGCUUAACACAGAAGUUCGCGAUUUAGGUCCUCUGACCCACAAAGGCUUCUACUUGGCAUUUCAAGAUUUGGGGGCCUGCAUUGCUUUGGUGUCAGUGCGGGUUUUCUACAAACGCUGCCCGCUCUUGGUGAAGAGCCUUGCCGAGUUUCCGGACACCAUCCCCGGCUCAGAAGCUUCGCAGCUGGUGGAGGUUGCGGGGCACUGCGUCAACAACUCCCUGCCUUUAUAUGAGCCUCCUCGGAUGCACUGCAGCACAGAAGGAGAAUGGCUGGUGCCAAUUGGGAAGUGUGUCUGCAAGCCAGGAUAUGAGGAUAUCAGUGGAGCUUGUCAAGUCUGCAAAGUGGGUUUCUACCGCUCGCUGCUGGAGUCUACGGGCUGCAGUAAAUGUCCCCCUCACAGUGUGGCCAGGCAAACAGGGGCCACAGUUUGUACCUGUGAAGAUGGAUACUACAAGAUUGAGUCUGACCCGUCCAACAUGGCCUGCACACGUCCUCCCUCUGCACCACGUAACGCCAUUUCCAACGUCAAUGAAACCAGUGUCUUUUUGGAGUGGUCCAUUCCAUUGGAGACUGGCGGCAGGAAGGACAUCCGCUACAAUAUCUUAUGCAGGCAGGUCCUGCCGGAGGGCAGAGGCUUGGAUGAGUGCGGACCAAAUGUUCGCUUUCUGCCUCGCCGAGUCGGUCUGUCUAACACCUCAGUAAUGGUGGCUGACCUGCAGUCACACACCAACUACAGCUUCCUGCUUGAGGCUGUCAACGGAGUGUCAGAACUGGCCAAAGACCACCCCAAACAGUAUGUGUCGCUGAAUGUGACUACCAAUCAGGCAGCGCCUUCCCCAGUAAGUGUGGUGAGGAAAGGACAUACUGGGAAGAGCAGUAUCGCCCUUUCCUGGGCAGAGCCGGAUCGCCCCAAUGGCAUAAUCCUUGAGUAUGAGAUCAAGUACUUUGAAAAGGAGCAGGACUCCAGUUACACCAUUAUAAAAUCCAAGGACACAGAGAUGGUAGUAGAAGGCCUGAAACCCUCCUCAGUUUACAUUUUCCAGGUAAGAGCCAGGACAUCAGCAGGAUAUGGGGCUUUUAGCCGCCGAUUCGAAUUCCAGACAAGUCCUUAUCUAACCGCCACCAGUGAGCGUGCUCAGGCCUCGAUAAUAGCAGUCGCCAUCACGCUGGCUCUGGUUCUCCUGGCAGUGGUUGCUGGCUUCCUGCUCAGCGGUCGACGAUGUGGUUACAGUAAAGCAAAGCAGGAUCCUGAGGAAGAGAAGAUGCACUUUCACAACGGUCACAUAAAGUUUCCUGGGGUGCGCACUUACAUUGACCCUUUGACCUAUGAAGAUCCCAACCAAGCUGUGCAUGAGUUUGCACAAGAGAUCGAUGUCUCAUCCAUCUCCAUUGAAAGGAUCAUCGGUGCUGGUGAAUUUGGUGAGGUGUGUUGUGGGCCACUGAGGCUGCCUGGAAAAAGAGAGAUCCAGGUCGCUAUCAAGACCUUAAAAGCCGGUUACACCGAGCAACAGAGGCGGGACUUCCUGUGGGAGGCGUCAAUCAUGGGGCAAUUCAACCAUCCGAACAUCAUCCGUCUGGAAGGUGUGGUCACAAAAAGCAAACCUGUGAUGAUCAUCACAGAAUACAUGGAGAAUGGAUCACUGGACACUUUUCUUAAGAAAAAUGAUGGUCAGUUCACGGUAAUCCAGCUGGUUGGUAUGCUCCGUGGCAUUGCAUCUGGCAUGAGAUAUCUGUCUGAUAUGGGCUACGUUCACCGCGAUCUUGCUGCCCGCAACAUCCUCGUGAACGGCAUCCUUGUGUGUAAAGUGUCUGAUUUUGGGCUGUCCCGAGUCCUGGAAGAUGACCCAGAGGCUGCAUACACCACUCGGGGUGGAAAAAUUCCCAUUCGCUGGACGGCUCCAGAGGCGAUUGCAUACAGGAAGUUCACGUCAGCCAGCGAUGUAUGGAGUUAUGGGAUUGUCAUGUGGGAGGUGAUGUCGUAUGGAGAAAGGCCAUACUGGGAGAUGUCCAAUCAAGAUGUAAUAAAGGCAGUAGAAGAGAGCUAUAGGUUGCCAGGUCCCAUGGACUGCCCUGAGGCCCUUUAUCACCUAAUGAUGGACUGCUGGCAGCAUGAACGCACCAACCGUCCAAAGUUUGAUGAGAUUGUUUGUCUAUUAGACAAACUUAUCCGUAAUCCCAGUUCAUUAAAAAAACUGGUCAACUCCUCACAUAGAGUGUCUAAUCUUUUGGUGGAGCACACCACUGCAGAUGGAGACUGUGGCACUCAAAGCCAGACUGUAGGAGAGUGGCUGGAUUCCAUCAAAAUGGGGCGUUACACUGAACUAUUUAUGGAGGCAGGCUACUCUUCCAUGGAAACGGUGACACAGAUGACCUCUGAAGAUCUGCGGAGAGUGGGGGUGAACUUGGCAGGACAUCAGAAAAAAAUAAUCACAAGUAUUCAAGAGAUGAGAGUUCAUAUGAACAACUCCACUGUAAAAAUCUGAUGCAUUUGUGCAGGCAUGCACACGCUUCCAUGCAUUCAUACAUGCACAAGACAACAAUAUAUGGACCUAGUAUGUAAUCAAAGAACUGUUGGACCUAGAACGGCUUGGGACAUGUUUGCGGAUAGAGAGUGUCCUUUGGAUCUGCACUGGAUUAACUGCAUUUUAGUGGUUUGGGUGUAUGUACAGUUGCCUGUGUUGUCACUGGAGAUUUCUGACAUUACAGCGCUAAAACCAAACUGAACUGGACUAUGUGGUGCUACUUGGAGAAACAUGGAUGGUGAACCGAACUUUACUUAAGGGACACCUAACAUUCUAAUCGUUCCAAAACUUUUCUGUUUGUUUUUUGCAAUAAUUCAUUCUGUGCAAUGCUUUGACCUUUGGUAAUAAACCGUAAUGAACCACAAAGACCAUCCACUCAGCCUAUUGCCUCUUGGCUCUGAAGUUGGAGUUUCAUGUAAAGCACUUACUCCUAACUAUUUUUAACCUGUCUCAGGUGAACUAACUUUUAUUCUCAUUUUACUUUACUUUUUUAUGCCUACUAGGAGUUGGUGAGCUGAAAAACAGAUUAAGUCAAGGUCUAAAUAAUAGACCACCAACAGUAUUCAGCUCUAUUUGUUAGUCUUUUCUUUUUUUUGUCUGAAAGCUUUUACAAAACUGCAUCUAAAAUAUGCAGAACUCAAGGAAGAUCAGACAUGUUGAUUUUUAGGAUCUGGUUCAUAAAGCAGAGGCUUACGCUUUUGCAGGUUGUUGUAGUUUUAAGCUCCUCUCAAUUUACAACCCCCAUAUAAAAAUUAAUGUAUCUUUCACCUGCAUUCAUAUGGUUCUAAGUCGAACUUUGAAACUCAUUGACGGAUUUUUAAAAGGAAAUUGGAAGCAGGAACAAUCAUUAGUGGAUCUUUUAAAAGAAACACCUAUUACCUCUGUCCCCUUGCCCCUCAUUGCCCUUAUUACAGUUUAUUACUCCUGAAGCUGCUUUCACACCGAACGCAAUUCGCACAGUAGAUUCAAAGGUUGCUUCAAUGUACAGACGCAAUUAGAGGUUCUGCAGAACAAUUUAAAUGCCAGGCAUGGCCGUCGGGCAGCAGCGCGUUUUAGUAUAUCCAGAGUUAAAAAAUCUGAAUUUUGGCAUAGAAGACGCAUCGCGUAAAUCAAUCAGGGACUCAGCCUUGGGUACGUGACGUGUUCAAUGUCGCGAUCACCAGGUGGAGUCCAAAACCAACAAGGGCGAGAAUUUUAUCGUUCUCGUCCUGAUAUUUGUUCUUAUUUGCAUUAAAUAAUAAUAAAUAAUAUAAAAUUCCUCAAAUUUGAAUAAUACUUUUAUUAUCUCCCUCCUUGAACUAACAUCAAACUGGGUCACAGAGACACAGAGGUAGCGUUGAAAGGGCCAUUCUUCAGAUGCAGAUCCAGUAGUAGAUGGUGAACCUCGUCGUACUGGGAGCGUCUCUGAAUGAUCUCAUUAACCCAGACAUGGAGACGUGAUUACUGACGCUUUUAUAGAACUCUUCAAAACUAAAUUAAUCCGAUCUCUCAACAUCAUCCGAGUCUUCCAUGCAUGAUAAAUGAGAUAUACACAAACAGUGCUCCACGUGGCAGUCAGGCUAAAAUAUUUGGCAAUAAAACACAUUUUUGGUCAGGCGUCAAGCAGCAAAAUUCACUGCACUUCCAAAUAGAGGCAACUGACACAAAUUUGAUGUGCGAAUUGCUUUCGGUAUAAACGGAGCAUUAGGGUGUCAAGUGAUCUUUUCUGUGGGAAUAAACCAGAAAAUGAUAUUAUUUUACAGAAUCAUGCAAAUUACACGUAUACAUAUUAGUUAAGAAAACACUAAAGGUCUUGUUCCUAAGAACACCAUGAUGAUCCUGUUGCGAUAAAACUACUGCAGACUCGUACUCUUACCUGCCACUCCAAAAGUAACUCACAUGAAUACAGGAGUGCUGAAACAAGAAGCCAAUAUCCACCAACUUUAUUAUCAUUUAAUUAUUGUAUAUGAAAAAAUACAAUAUAAAAAAUAUGUGGACAGGUUGUUUUGUUUAUAUUCAACAUGCAUCUCCACCUAUGUAUUUCAUGUAUAUAAUGUAAUAUAUAUUUAAGCAGGGAGCACUGUUUUUCUGUCUACUGUCAUGUGGACAAGUUGGUAUUAAUCAUACAUCUCAGAGUUGUACACUUGAGUACAAUUGUGAUAAAUUAUUUAAAUCCACACUUCUGCAAAUCAUGAUUGGGCCUCUUUGUGGGGGCAGCCAGCACAUUUGUCUCCACGUCAGGGUCCCCAAUAGGAUCUGCAGAGGGAGUGGAUGUUCAUCCUCAGUUGUCAGUGAUAGUGUUGCUUUCAUAUGUUUUGUACAAAACCAACAAAUAUUCUGACUUGCCGUAAAUGAGAUAGCUGGAGAUCCUCUGCCUCCACAGAGAAAGGCUCUUUUGCCCUCUGGGUAAAGACAUGGCAUGGUUCAAAGGUAAACAUUGAUGUCAGUAAACAAGCUUUGUGCGUCAUUUUUUGUCUUUGGUAUGGAAUCACACCUACUCUGUGCUUUAUUGGUAAAAACAGCCUGAAUAUUUCUCUUUGAAACAGAAACUUCUUUGCAGAUUAUGUUAUUUUUUCGUAUUCAGUACACUGUUAUUUUGGGGCAUAAAGGUGGAAACAAUAAUCUGUAAAGAUGUAUUUUUCUUUUUUUUUAAGGAGGUAAUCAUUUCACUAUAUGAAAAGCACAGGAAAAGAAUGUAAGGUUUUAAGGGGGCAUUUCGCUUUUAAAUGAGUUGGUUGUCAAUGGUAGAUACUUGCUGUGGUUAGGGUUUUUUGCCUGUUCUCAAGAUUAUAUUUAAAUGACUGAAUGUAAAAUGAUCACACGACAAGAGUUUCCAAAAGGGAAAAUGUUCUAUGUCAGUCAAACGUUGGCUACAAUUUAAGUUCUGCAUGGCCAUAGUAGUCUAUAUGUUCUCACUCUUAGUUGGGGCUCCAUUUUAAUUUAAAAUUUAAAGGAUAAAAAAAUACAUUUGAACAUUGUUUAUUUUAAACUGCUGAAAACAAAAUGUAACUAUUCAAAUAAAAUUAUUAUUUUUGUUUUUUUUUUGUCUACCUUAUGGCAGUAAAUCCAUACAUGUAGACUAUUAUGGCUAUGUAGACACUUAUUUUUUCAUUGAGGGAAGCAUCUGUAUUCGUUUGCACUAUAUAAUGCAUGUGCAGCAGAUGAAAAAUGUGUUGGGUGCUUCUAGUUUGCAUCCAGGCAGUUCUAGGUUCAUGGAUCUCGAAUUGUGCUAAAACUAUUGACUUUUUGGAGAGGAUUCACAAAGCUUAAGCUACGUACACACCGGGCAUGUGUGGCGCAUUCAAGAAUGCGCUGAAAGUGUUACGAGGGUUUGUAACACACUUCUAGCAUAUGGUGUUCACACAGGUAUGUCACUACCCGAUUCUAUCGCAUGUACUCACAGUUGGAAGAGGCUUGGUGUGAAAUGUCAAAGAGGUCCAAAUCUGGCGAAUCUUUUCCAGACUUUUUUUUUCCACAGCUCUUUUCCGAUAUAUGAAAGGCUUGGUUUCAUAUAACUCCAGCCAGGCACAAACCACAAUUAUUAAUUUCUCUUUCAUGAUUAAUUUGUUGGCACUUCAAUGUUUUGAAAAAGAUGCUACCCAUACAUCACAACCAAGUCAGACUUCCUGAUUGGUCAAAGUUCAACUGGUUUAACUUUCAACACGGGUUCAAUUGCAUCACUUUUUGUACGUAUAGCCUAAAAAUGAACUUAUAAAUUGCAUAGCAAUGCAUGAACAUGAAAGUUUGGAACACGGAAACACGAAACGUUCAUAUUUGUGCGUUUAGAUAGACUUUUCAUUGAAAGUGGUUCGCUCAAACGUGCAUUUCGGGCCUAGUGUGAACGUAGCAUCAGAGUCCCACUGAACUUCAUGUAAUGGGCUGUUUUCUAAUCACACUUUUCAGCUAAAUGAACACCUUAAAAUCCGCAUGUGAGGCAUGAACAAUUGGUGAAUAAUACACCCUUACAAGUGCCUCGCAAUCUUUGUGCACCAAUGUUUUCUCUCCAUUCAAAAUGCUAUGCCCAAUUGUGUCCCAACAGUCUAUAUUUACUCUUUGCCAACAAUGUCUACAGGCAAUAUCAAGAAUGUCAGACAAUGUUUGUACAUUGGAACUAAUUUAAUUUGCACUUUACGAAGUAGUCCUUUCCCCUUGUUUGACAAAAAUGUUUAUAGCAUACUUGAUUAUAUUGUCAAACUUUUUUUUUAUUAUUAUUAUUAGCUAUAACUUUUUCAUUUUGCUGAUUAGAGUUCUUAUUAUCAGUGCUUCCCAUGAUAUGAAAUCAGACCGUUAAGCACAAUGCAUUUGUCUCAUCUUUAAAAAAUUAUCCACAAACGCUGAUUUACAGCACAUUUUUUGUUGUUUAUGGCAAAACUUACAGCUUCAGGAUGUAAGUACAUGGUCCAGCAGAUGUUUUGUUAAAUGGAGAUUUUACUUUUCCAAGGAAUUGGCUGCACUAACCCAUUAUGUCAAUCUAAUUGUUGCAUUUAUGAAUUAUUACAUCUUUAUUCAAAACAAAACAAAAGCAAAUUAAUAUGUUCUCAUUAUUUACAAUGCAAUGCUGUGUAAAAGGCAUACAUUUAUUUUCUACAAAACUUUUGCACUAUAUUUACAUUAUCUUUACAAUUCAGAAUUGGCUCUAAAAAGCACAGAAGACAGGCAUCUUCUUGAGAUUUAUUAAUGUUUUUCUCUGAUGGCUCUUGUGUAAUUUUUGCAGGAGUAAUAAUUGAUCUGUGACAUGAUGUAACAAUUUUCACCCAAAUCAACUUUAAAUGUUUCAAAUUAUAAAGAAUUUAAAAAAAAGAGUUUGGUGAAUUUGAUUUGUGAUAAAAAUCACUGAAUGAAGACUUGGACACCAGGUGUGACUCCCUUCCAGCAAGUGUGCAAAAGCAAUACAAUACAAGCAAAAAAAGUUUUGUAUGAAACAAAAAAUAGCAUGGCGAUAAUACAACAAUGAAAGGUUGCACUAAGUAUCGAAUGCUUUUUGAAAUACUUGAAAAUUUCUUUCUUAAGACCUUGAAUAUUGGAGGUGGAGUUGUAUCAGGAACAGGGUUAUGAUAGAUCCAGCUCCAACUUGUUCCUGUUGCUGUUUUUGUAAAAUACUUUGAUAGAGAUGGAUACUCAAAUGCAUCAUCAAAUUAAUCGUAUUCCUUUUGAAUCCUCAAAUCACACACGUGGUAAAUAAACAUCAAAGUCUGUCUGCAACUCUCAUUGCAAAGCUAUUUUCAAAUAAACUUGAAUUGGUUUCAUUAGAUGCAUACAUUGGGAAGUUGAGCAUUUAUUUUCACUGAAAAAUAUGCAGGUUUCAUUUAUAAGUGUACAAAAGCAGGUUAUGAAGUUGUUUUCUUGGAGUAUUAAAAAUGUUGUUAUCAAUAACUCACACAUAAGGUUUGAAAUAACUGACUCAGUUGUGAUCAGUUCAAAGCACAGUGAAAAUAAUUAGCUUUUAAUGUGCUAUUGGUUUGUCUUUGAAAUUGUUGUGCAUUAUGUUUGUGUUGAUGUUUUUGUAGUGUCCUUUUAAAAUUCUAUAUUUUUGCAAUAAAACUUAAAAAGAUUGAA